AAAAUUUCCUACUAAAUUUCCCUGCGAGGCUGUCUCGCAUUUCGAAAUCAGAGUAAUUCUCCUACCUCUGAGGAAUGAUACAUGUGUAAGCACAUUCUUGCAUAGGGUGAUGAUAUCAUUUAGUUUGGCAGUAUGGAUGGGUCGGGUCGGUCGGGUCCGGUGUCAGUGAAACGAUACCAGAAUCGGCCUUGUUCUUAUUGAUGCUCGCACGAAUAAAAGUGAUCCGCAUGCAGUUUACUGUUCUUUUUUUUUUGCUCGUCGUCGUCGUCGUCUCACUUUACUUACGCAUUCAACAGUGUCGAAUUUGGCGAGGAGAAGAGCUCAUCGGCAUUCAUUAUGAUUGUAUCGCCGGGUCGGUUGUCGGUGUGGUGAGAUUGAUAAGUGCUCUCGUUCAGCUGUUUUUUCCCUACUCGAUAAGCAUUGCUAACUUGUGAAACUCCAUAAAAAAAAUCAUGCCGACGGUUAUUUUUUUUAUAUACCAACAUUAUUAAGUAAUUACACAUACGAGGACACGUAUGAAAAAAGUGCAUGUUCAUGAAUUCACCAAGACGAAGAAGAAAUGGCAUUGGUGACGACGAUUCGCAUCCUCGUGUUGUUGGUCCAUCGAAAAAUUAUUGUGCAUUACUGUGUCCUGUCCGCUAUUAAGUGAGUUAGUUAGAUAGUUAGUUAGUCAGUUAUGUAGUUGCAUAGUUAGUUGUAAGUACAAAAUACAUACACAGCCGUGAGAAUAUUUCCCUUCGUCGUGUGUUAUUAAAUUCCGUGUUGAAUAAUUUUGCGAUGAAUUUUUAAACCCUGAAUUGUUACAUAAUAUUGGAGUGACGUGAUGUGAUGGAUUUAUCACAUUGUUGUGGUGCCACGACACGACUCGAUCAACAGUUUAUAGUGUCAAAUAAUACAUAGUGUCGCGUUACAUUGAGCCAAAUAUUUACAUACGAAACGACAUAAUAAUUCAGGGUGGAAAAUGUAAUUCUUAUUUGUUUACAAGUUUCAAAUCGGUUCAGUUUCCGUUCGAGGAGGAGGACAACGAACUGAAACGAGGAGAAGAAAGUGUCAACUGAAAGAAAGAAGAGAAAAGCCUUGAAUUUUUGCGGACAAUUUGGGAAUCCUUGGCCAGGAACGCAUUCCAAAUUCACCACACCCACACGGGCAGGACUUGAAGUCUAUUCCUCUAAAUCGUAAUAAUUUCCUUGUGUGAACAUCGCCAGCGAAGUCACACUACUGCCGCUAUUCGUAUUUAGCUAUGCUGGUGCACGUUACGGUCGAAAGUUCAUUUACGGGUCCGGGGGGAGGUUUUCAACAAAUUUCGAUAGACGAUAGAGCCUCCGUCCAUGAGCUGAUCCGUCAGUAUUGCACGGCCAAGGGCAUCGCUGUCAACCCCAACUAUUCCAUCACCAACCGAUCCAACAUGUUGUUGCAGGGGAACAAGACGUUGUCUUAUUAUGCCGUCAAGGAAAAUGAAUCCUUGCUCCUCGGAACGACUGCCGAUCACAACCGAACGUAUCGAUUUGGUCACUGGUUCACCCUGGCAGGGCUUGGGUUUCUGUUUGGACUUUUAGGCAUUACAAUUUGUGUCAUCCUUUUCGCCGUGAUACGAACCGUGCCGGAUAAUUAUGCAAUCGUGGUUGAUGCCGGAUCCACACACAGCGAUGUUAUCCUGUACAAAUGGCCCGGCGCCAAGGUCAACAAUACUGGAGAAGUGGUACAAGUAUCGACUUGCUAUGUGACCGGAGGACUCGCGCAGGUCACGACAUCCAAUGUUUCGAGCUACUUUAAGGAAUGUUUUGGUCGGGCGGAAGGCCAAAUUCCGCCCGAGUCGCAAGCAACGGCUGAAGUCUUACUGGGAGCAACGGCAGGGAUGAGGAUGUUAAAUUCGAGUGACCCCUCCCAAGCCAACAAGGCCAUCGCCAGUGUCAGAGAUUAUUUGCGAACGACAGACAUGGUGGUGAAGGAGUCGAACGUGGGAAUCAUUUCCGGUUCCAUUGAAGGCAUCUCGGGCUGGAUUACUAUCAACUUUUUAAAGGACACGAUUUACUCUGCUGUUGGUCACCUGAACUCGAGCUGGGGUGCCCUCGACCUUGGCGGUGCCUCAACGCAGAUCACCUUCGAGGUCUCCGAGUCCAUGCACAGCCACCCGCUCGUGACCAAGCUUAAACUCUUUGGCCACCAGUUUCACGUUUUUAGUCAAAGCUUCCAAUGUUACGGCGUCGUCCAGGCGGGUCUCCGAUACAAGGCGUUGCUCCUCCAAGAACACUGGAACGAUGUCUCCGGCCCAAACCAGCAGCCGCUAAAUAGCCCUUGUGACCCUUUCGGGCGAAAAAUCUUACUUACUGGGGACGAUUUUCAAACCCCGUGUCUCAAGUCGAUCAAUCUCGCGUCGAAAAUUAUGGAAUCCCAUCGGAAUUAUUCCUUCCUCGGGACGGGUAACUAUUCAGAGUGUGAAUCUUAUGCGAAACGCCUCCUGGAUUUGACCCAGUGUCGUGCAACCGGCUGGGACAAGUGUAUCAAUGGCUCCUCCAUCCCCGACUAUGUGGGGGACAGAAAAUUUAUGGGAUUUGCAUCCUUUGCAUAUGUCGCGAACGCCUUACAAAUCAACAAAACUACGACCAAGUCCAGCUUUCUAGAGAGGGCGAAACGCCUAUGUUCCCUUUCUUAUGAUAAAGUGUUAGAAAUGAAGUUAACCGAUAAGACUAAUUUUAAAGAUCUAGAAAAUUCCUGUUUCAAAUCACUUUUUGUUUACAACAUGCUAAGUAAUAUUUAUGGCUUUAAUACGGACGAAAAGUGGACAAAUGUCAAGUUUACGACUAAAAUAAGUCACGCGACGUUAGGCUGGUCGUUGGGCUACAUGAUAAACGCCACGGACAAGAUAGCGGCUGGGGCUGGAGUGCCCACUUUGCGGACGGUGCCCUUCGCCCUUCUCCUCGUCCUUUUCGCCAUGUUCCUCAUCAUCUCCAUUGGCUUCGUCAUGCAUGGCAUCAAGCUCAGGAAAUCCUCAUCCUACCAAAGGAAAUAAAAAGAGUCAACUCUGCUUGCUCAAGGAGAUUGAAUACUCAAAUCGAAAGAUAACUUCUUCUUAUCUCGAUUGGAAUGUGACUGCAUGAGAUCAAAUCGACUCACUCCUUUCUUAAAGAAAUUGGAAAAUGCAAAACCUAUUUUCGAAUCUCACACACCGUUGGAGUCAUUUUUAUAAAGAAAAUAUUCUCAUUUUUCUUCUCCUCCUCGUAGACAAAUCGCGACCAGGAUGGAUGAAGAAAUCGUCAAGUUCAUCACGCCACAAAGCCACCAUCACCUCCAAAACCAAAAUCAGCCAAAUGGUGGGUACAGCUAAGUAUCGGUGGACAUGCACGUUAGUCAUGAAAAAUAACGAUAAAAAAGAAGAACGUUCGGUGGGAGUGGUCACGUCAAAAUUAAACUUUGCAACAUUUGUUUAAAAAUGAUAGUCUUACAAAUGUUGUAAAUUUACGACCCCCUAAACGUGACCACCCUCACGGCGGUCCAACUUAUCACUAUAGGUCAGAUCAAACAUGAAACAUUUAUCAAAUUAUAACCACCAUCAUAAAUUAUAAUUUACGAUAACAACAAUUAAUAACUUUAAAUAAAGGAAAAUCAUGUGUGCCAGUUUUGCUACUAACGAAUAAGGGAGUACGUAAAAUAUAUUUACUAAAUACUUAAUUAGUUAAUGUUUAUGAUUCUGUAUGUAAAUGACUACCAACAAACAGAGUAGAUGCAACAAGGACAUCGACAGAUCUAUUAAAUUAUUGUUUAAGUAAACUAGAAAAGUGUACAAUGUUCAGAAAAUGUUAAUAAAUUACAUAAAUUUAACUUCCUUUCAUUAAAUUGUUUGUAAGAAAUUAAUGAAGCUACAUGUUUUAAUUCAAGGAAAUAAAAGAAACCGAUUAGGAAAGGUUGUAGGUGUUAGAGUAGAAAUUGGAUAGCUGAGCCCAAACUAGACAAAAUACUCGGAAAUACUUUAGUUUUGUUAACCUAUGAUAUUUUCGACUUAAGUCAUUAACAAGUCAUCAGUGGUAAUUAAGCAGCAGUGUAGUACAUAUCUCGUAGUAUAAAUUUAGUGACAUAAAAAUAUUUAUAUCCAAUACAACAUGACUGAAUGGUUUAUACUGGUCGUCGUAACAGUAACAAUUACAAAAAAAAUGUAAAGUAAAAUAAUAAGAGAGAGAGGGGAAUGACGAACAAUAGUCAAUUAAUUCAAUAAACGUCAUACCAAAA